AUGAACUCCAAAUCUGUUUUCGCGUGGCUUCUAAUGCUUGUUCUCGGAUUUGUCGCCAGUCAACCGUUGUCUGGACUCGAGAAACAAUUGCUCUACAUGUUCGAGGAUCCGGAAGAGUUCGAAUUUAUCAACAAACGGUCUCCACUGCUCAGCCUCGUCGGAUCGAACGUCCGCUUCACCGAGCCAUUCCGGAAUCGUGUUCUCAACAAAAAGAAGAUUCGAUCAGUGACUCCAGUUGACACUGAUUACAGACAACAGCCUCGCUUCUUCCAGUAA